CAUGGCGGCGGAGCGGCGCAAGGUCAAGCACCACUGGAGCGGCCCCUCGGAAGCCUGUCCCCGCAAGCGCAGCUGCCUCCGCGAGCCCGGGGAUGCGGCCCCCCCCGGCCGGCCGGCCCGGGGCCCCGCGUCGCGAUCCGCAGGGCCCGGCAGCCCCGCGCGCCUGAGAGCCCGCGGCGAGGACGAUGCGGCCCGCCCGCCCAGGCCGCCCCGGGGCCCAGCUCGCCGCCCCGGUGCCUCCCCCUCGCGCCGCGGGCCCGGUGUGGGCGGGGCCGCCUGCGGGGACGGCCUGACCCGGAGCGCGCGGGGGUGCCUGUCCUCGGGGGCGUCGCCUCUGCGCCCCGCCGACCCCUCUCUGGAGGACAUGGCCUCCCUGGAGGAGGAAGCCUGCAGCCUCAAGGUUGAUUCCAAAGACAGUUCUCGUCACUCUACGAACUCUGAAUUUGCGGCUGAAGCUGAGGGUCAGGAUGAUACCACUGAAGAUUCAAGCAAGGUCCAGAAGAGGAAGAGGGAUAGACUUCGAGACCAGGGCUCGACGAUGAUCUACCUGAAGGCCAUCCAGGGCAUCCUGGGCAAGUCCAUGCCAAAAAGGAAGGGAGAGGCCGCCUCUCGGGCCAAACCCAGCACGGGAGUGCGUCCUGCCCAUGCGGAAGGGCCAGCCAGGAGUGGCUCUGCUCCUCAGAAGGACAGGGAGCAGGAGCGGGAGAGGGAGCAGGAGGAGAAGGAAGCCGAGAAGGAGAAGGAAGCGGAGAAGGGGAGGAAGGGGCCCGUUCGUGAGGUCAGCGCGGAGGAGCAGCCCGCGGCGGAGAAGAGGGGCUUUGGGGACAGGAGAGUGGUGAUCCGCCCGCAGGGGCCGCCCAGCGAGGAGCCGCGUGAUGACCGGAGGACGGUCGUUGACAAGUGCCCUCCGCCCCUGGAGUUCGUGGAUGGCCCCAACCCUCCAGUAGAAAGCCAGAAGACUAAAGGCAGGGAGGUGGUGAUAGAGCACUCCUCCUCCGGAAGCGACUGGUCCGACGUGGACGAGGUCUCCACAGUGCGGUUCUCUCAGGAGGAGCCCGUCUCGCUGAAACUCUCCACAGUUCCAGAGCCUUCCGCCUUCCCCACUGACUAUGUCAUGUACCCGGCCCAUUUGUACAGCAGCCCUUGGUGCGACUACCCCAGCUAUUGGACCAGCGGCCCCAAGCCCUCUGGCUACCCCGCCUUGGGCGGUGGCAGCAAGGACACACCGCAGGCUGGCAGGGGCACGCGGGGGCUCCGGAGCGACUACUCCCCCAGCUCCACCGUGAUUUCCCAGAACACCGCCAGGGACCUGGAGGCGGCAGAGGAAGGCCGGUCCCAGAACUCUCGUACAUUUCGUUUCUCCAGAAAGUCAGAAGAAGAGGUCAAGGAGAAAAGAACGUUCCAGGAGGACCCCACCCCGCAGCUGUGUGCAGGAUAUGCCUCUAGCUCCCUGCCGAGGGGCCAUCGGGGGCCGGGUCUCGAAGAGGGCUUCAUCGACACCCACUGUCACCUGGAUAUGCUCUACUCCAAGCUGUCUUUCAAGGGGACCUUCACCAAGUUCAGGAAGGUUUAUAGCAGCUCCUUCCCCAAGGAGUUUCAGGGCUGUAUCUCUGACUUCUGUGACCCCCGGACACUGACAGAUUGUCUGUGGGAGGAGCUGUUGAAGGAGGAUCUGGUUUGGGGGGCCUUUGGCUGUCACCCUCAUUUUGCACGCUACUACAGCGAGACUCAAGAGAGAAAUCUUUUGCAAGCCUUAAGGCACCCCAAGGCGGUGGCAUUUGGGGAGAUGGGCUUGGAUUACUCGUACAAGUGCACCACGCCGGUCCCGGAGCAGCACAAGGUGUUUGAGAGGCAGCUGCAGCUGGCCGUGUCCCUGAAGAAGCCCUUGGUGAUCCACUGCCGGGAAGCCGACGAAGACCUGCUGGGCAUCAUGAAGAGACUCGUGCCCUCGGACUACAAGAUCCAUAGGCACUGCUUCACUGGCAGCUACCCGGUCAUCGAGCCCCUGCUGGAGCACUUCCCCAACAUGUCGGUGGGCUUCACGGCGGUCCUGACCUACUCUUCCGCCUGGGAGGCCCGGGAAGCCCUGAGACGGAUCCCGCUGGAGAGGAUCAUCGUGGAGACAGAUGCGCCCUACUUCCUGCCUCGACAGGUUCCCAGAAGCCUUUGCCAGUACGCCCACCCGGGCCUGGCCCUGCACACGGUUCGCGAGAUUGCCAGGGUCAAGGACCUGCCGCUCUCCCGGACCUUGGCCGCUCUGCGCGAGAACACCAGUCGCCUCUACAAUCUUUAAGCAGAGAGGGCGCAGCCAGGAGUCUCCAGAAAGGUCAUACAAGUUCAGAUUUUACAUUUUUUUUUUAAAUUAGGGCAAAACUAUCUUUGCUGCCUUUUCUGAAUGUAGAGAGUGUCAGCAUAGGGCGAGCAUUAAGUCUGAUGUGUCUCAAGUGAACUUGGUCUGGAACCUUCUUCCUUUUCUCUUCUUAAUCCUCCAGGACGCCCCGGGGCCUGUCAAGCACGGGCUGGGCUUGGACUCUGCCUGUGUCCGGGCCCAGGAUGUGUCUGGAGAGCCCGUCGGAGCUAGGAAACCGCGUCUUUAAGGCCUCUGCUUCUGGCUGGUGGGCAGGGUGCAGGGGAGGGGACUGAGGGGUGGGCCUCUCAGGCAGGAGCGAAGGAGGCAGCAGCCGUUGGCGGGCGCACGCGUGGCCAUUCCAGAUCCUUGCUCGCUGCAGCCGUGUUCCGAGCAGCCUUUGAACAGUCACCCUCCUCUGCGCACACCGGCUGUGUGGCUUGGUUCCUGGUUCACAGUCCUAAAAAAGACCUAUGCGGGAAUGUCCUGUGGGCACGUUUGCUGGAGUCUUGUCUCAGCGGUUGAUCUUCCUGCACCCUGUGAAGUCACCCUCUUCUUUCCCUGGACGACUCUUCACUGGGGCCGUGUCCGGCAGCGGAGGACUCUGCGCUUGGCCUCCCUGCUCUGGUGCCGUCGGUGAGGGGCAGGAGCGCCCCUACCUGUUCUAGGAGUCCUGCGCGUGGAGAUUCAGGACAGACUGGGGUGCUCAAGGACGAGGCCCCGAAGAAAUUAUUCCCACUUCCUGGUGCCCCCAGGGCCACAGCUCCUGGUGAUAAGCAGACAAAGGUCCUUGUACAGCAGAAGCCGCUUGUUCUCUGGGGGGCCCAGCUGCUCUUGGCUGCAUUUUUACCCCCUUCUGAACGCUGGAGCAGAAAUACUCCUAUCUUGUCCCGCUCAGCAGGCCCUGCGUGUCUGUGCAGGUGGAGAGGCGGCCGACUUGAUUCUCUGCAGCUCUGGGGGCCGCUCGGGCACCGUUGCCUGUGCAGAGCGGUAGGCCGGUGUCUGAGGCUCGUGGGCUCCUUGGCCUUCAUCUCUGCUGUCCCUCCUCCACGUUGGAAGUACAAGCCUCUCCCGGGCCUCGGAGCUGCCCGUCCUCUCAGUUGUGCGCUGCUGGCUCUGGGCCGCGUGAAGGUGUCUUCCCUACAGCCCCUGGAUGAGGGCAGAGGUUCAGUGUGAGGACGCUGCUCUUCCCGACCUCCACAGCCGGACAGGCCGCCCUGCUCGCUUGUCUGUUUCUUGAAAGCCAGUUGCUUCAGUUGUAACAUCCAUCACUUCCGCUGGAUUCCUCGUGUGUGUUUGGAAGGUGCAUUUGGGCCUUGGGAGCGGAAGGGCCGUGGACUCGGCACUUGACGCCUGGUGAUUCCAUCUUGCCUCUGGUACCCACUUCGGUUUGUGGCCUGUGCCUCAAAUUUGCCAGUGUGGGGAGCCCGGGGCCUUGUUCUUUCCCCUUGGAAGGUUUGGGGCUGCUAGGGACGUCAGAGCGCUUGACUGUCACCCAGCGGACGGCAGCACGUCUAUCGCCUGCCGAGCCCUGCCCCCGCGCUCCGGCCCUGCGUGGAGGGGGGCACCUGCCUGCAUCUCACCCGUGCCGCCCGCCGAGGCCAGCACCAGGUGCUUAUGUGCUCUGAGCGCUGCGCGGGCUCCUGCGUGCGUGUCCCCAGCGAGGCGCCAGCGUGCGGGCGGAGCGACGCGCCGUGGUUCUGGAUGACCGGCUUGACUGUUCUGUGCCCUGGAAUGUCUCUGUACCCCGCCCCUUGACCCUCUCUUUCUGAAAAUAAAGCGAUGGCCCCUCAGUUGACGCCUGUGCACUCCCUGUUUAGAGUCCUCCCGGCCAGUCCCGUGGCCGGUGGCUGGCCAGAGGUCUGGGUGCGCCGCCUGCAGGGUUACCGUGGCCUUUCGGGUGCCUGGGACCUGAAGUGGUCAGCGGGCUUUCAGUGUGGCCUCGCAUUUUUCUGCCUGGGCACUCAGUGUGCUGCUGCUGCUUAGCCUUUGAAAAAGUCCGUGGUUGCGGCUCUUUCUCCCCAGCUAAUGCAGUAGGGGGAUGCAAACCCUCAGGGUUUGGGGGUGUCGGGAGUCAGCCGUACUGUGAGCUCCGGGUGAACUUUGGGGGAGAUUCUGUUCCACCGCUUGCCUCCGUCCUCUAACUUUGAGCUGAGGUUUUCGUGAGCACAGUCCAAAGGGAGCCGCGCAGGAGGAGGCAGACUCUGCUCUGCCAGCGCCCCAGGUUUGAGGCCUGGGCUGCUGCCUUCACCUUUGCGACCCGACUGCUGACUGUGUUUGCAGCACGUCCAUCCCUUCGGUGAAGCGAUAGCCAGGUCAGAGCCCAAGGCUGUAAGCUGCGCCACGUCUGGGCCGUCCUGGAUCCGUGGGAGGGGAUACAUGUGAGUCCUUUGACGGGGGCUAAGGCCUGGUUGCCUGGGAGGGGCCAGCAGGCGACCUGAGCUCCCUCUGGUGCCCGGAGCCAUGGCCCCCAUCCUCCCCGAGCUCAGUCAGCGGCCAGCGCUUCCCUGGCUGCAUGACCCCACGUGGACACGGAGCCACCUGUCUGGCUGUGGAGGGGGGCACUGUGGGCCUGCUGAGUGACGAUGGGAUUGUCCCCCUCGUGAUUGGCAGAGCCGGGAUGUGGCUCAGCUCCAGGCCUCUGCUUUUCCCUCCCUUCUGGUUCCCCUGCUCGUCGCUGCGUUCAGCUCCCGGGGGUGUUGCCUUUGCAUCCCGGUUGUGCCCAAGGUCUAGGAAGCCAGGACUCCCUGGCGGCUGGUCGUGUCCCCCAAGAGGCAGGAGUGGAGUGUCAUGUGUGCUCAAGGACAAACUUGGGCCUAAGGGGGGCAUGGAAAGUGAUGCAGGAAACAGCGCCCUCCCCAAGGGUCUCGGUUUAGUUGGGGUGACACCUGGCCAGGUUGGGGAGUUUGCAGGAGUCACGUGAGAGUUCUGAGCCAGGCGGGGGAUCAGGCUGCAGCCACAGGGCAGCCCGGGAGCUUGGUGACAUGCAGACCCUGACACCCAAGGCCCGGGAGGCCUGAGAGUCUGCCUUCUUGGUGUUUCCACCGACCACGGGGCAGCUCCUCAUGAGGGGGUUGCCACGUGCCCGUUGCGUCUGCUCUGGUGAGUGCCGAGGGGCUGCGCCUCGUGUGCCAGGGGCCAGGAGUUCAUGACGGAGACACCUGCACCUGGAGCCCUCGCGCUGGAGACAGCACGC